AUGGCUGCGGGUGAGAUCAAAUGCUCUGCCGACGAUCUUGCUAAGGAGCAGGCCGUGCACUUCACAUUGGCGAAUCUGUGCUCUUGGCUUGAUUAUUGCAUCGGAUGUGUGUUUCUCCAAUUGGGGUGCACGAGUGAAGCAGAGCACGCAUUUUGCUGUGUAUCGAAGUGGAUGCUGCUUGCAAACACUCCCGUGGUUCACUCGCAACAGACCAAUUUUGGGACUCAUAUGAGGCAUUCUUGCAGAUGCCUGGUCAUGUUCGCAAAGGGCGCCUAUUCAAAGGUGAUGUGCAGCUUGGAAAGAAUCACGAACGUCGCAAGUGAUUCUAUGGAACAAAAAUUAGCGCCAUAUCACGCGCACGUGGCAUCUGAACUUAUCAAUAACCGGGCCAUAUGCGCGCUCUAUUUAUGUGAUCUUGAGUGGGCUAUUGCUUCGCUUGAAGAUGCCAUUUGGAAAGAUCCGAGCCUCCAUUUCCGCGAAGUGACAGUCUUUAAUCUAUGCACUCUAUACGACUUGUCAUCAAACAGCAAAACUGCCGCGAUGCGAAAAAAACAACUGCAGAAACUUGCUUUACAACACAACAUCGGGGAUAUUGAUGCUUCAUUGUUUCGAAUUGCUAGUCACGAAUAGCUUUAACCAGCGCCCCAUUCGGGGGCGACACUGAAAUCUCAGGCUGGGAUUUUGCCACUGCCAGAGGUCCUCCGUCGACCGCGCGCACGCAGGUCGACCACCGGACGGAAAUCGUGGCAAAAUUGUUGAAUUAUGCCCCCGCCAAGCCGGCUCAUCAGGAUAGCGCGCUAAUCGUAUCGAUUG